CAGGUUCCACCCCUGCAUGAGGAUUUGUUUGCAUGAGCAGCUCUUAGUCCUUGCCUACAUCGAGGGAGCUUUCUUCUUACCUGGCAAGCAUCAACCACUUUUGUUUCCUUUUAUAUAAAUAGGUCAAUAUUUAUAAAUUAUUCUUACAUAUACCCACCUGAUCUGAUUUUUUUUAAUGCUUUACUUUACUGCUUUGCUUUUCCAUUUACAUACCCCUUUUUCCUAGGGUGAAACUGUAGCCAUCCACUCUCUUCUCCCAGUUUCAGGUGAGAGGUCUGAAUUGUGGGUAUUGUAGUUCUUUUGCCUUUUAGGGUUUCUGGUUGGACAACCUUGGAGUCACAGUGGGAGGACUUCUAGUCCCAGGUGGCUCCAUAAGCAGCAGGUCAAGCACCAUACACAGAGGGAGACACGUUUGAAGAGAGUCCUUGGUUUUGGAAGAGUGACUUCCAUUCACUAAAAUAAUGUUCCUGAAAUGAAGAAGCUGGGGUUCAUUUCCACAACUGUGGGAAAAUGUUAACCAAUGAAAGAGCCCAUUUUUGGUCAGGAAGGAUUUCACGAAGUAAGUCUGAGGGAAAUUUAUGUGACAUGGAAGAUCAAAAAUCCUCAAGAAAUUUCCAUAUUACAGAAUGUCCAGACCCAGGAUUUCUUCUCAAUUGGCCAGAUGCUUUCACCUGUCAUGGCAAUAGUGCUUCCAAAAUUACAAAUCCGUUCUGGAAUGAAUUGUCUGCUUCUAACCCAUUUUUGGAUGACAUAACUCAGCUAAGAAAUAACCAGAAGAGGGACAAUAUUUCCAUCUUGAAGGAAGAUCCUUUUCUCUUUUUUAGAGAAAUAGAAAUCGGAAAUUCUUUUGAUUCCUCUGGCGAUGAACUGGAUGUGCAUCAGUUGCUUAGGCAGUCUUCCCCACGGAAAGCUGGAAGAUCUAAAAGUGUUUCAGAACUUUUGGACAUUUUAGAUGACACAGCACAUGCCCAUCAGAAUAUACAUAACUCUGACCAGAUACUAGAACAAGACUUAGAAUGGCUUCAGAAUGACAGAGAGGCUUAUAAAAUGGCUUGGUUAAGUCAGCGCCAGCUGGCCCGUUCCUGCCUGGAUUUGAAUAUAAUUAAUCAGAGUCCUGGAUGGGCCCAAACACAAGUUGCAGAGACUGUGACAGUUUGUAAAUUAAGCCACCAAGGAGGAUCAGUACAAUUACCUGAAUCAGAUAUCACUGUUCAUGUACCCCAAGGCCAUGUAGCUGUGGGAGAAUUCCAAGAGGUAUCUCUAAGGGCUUUUCUUGAACCUCCACAAAUGCUUAACCAUGAUCUUUCAUGCACCGUAAGCCCAUUGUUGGAAAUCAUGUUAGGCAACCUUAACACAAUGGAAGCCAUUUUGCUGGAGAUGAAAAUAGGGGCUGAAGUGAGAAAGGAUCCUUUCAGCCAAGUCAUGACAGAAAUGGUAUGUUUACACAGCUUGGGUAAAGAAGGCCCUUUCAAAGUGUUAAACAACUGCUAUAUUUAUGAAGACAUUAUUCAAGUCAAGCUAAUAGACUUGAGCCAGGUGAUGUAUCUAGUGGUUGCUGCACAAAUUAAAGCUACUCAGUCACCAGCUGCCACCAUUUGGGAUUGUAUCCACAAAACCACGUCAGUUGGAAUUUGUGGGCCCAGAUAUAUUCAUCCCAGUUUCACUGCUAUUUUUAUAGUUUGUGGACACAGUUAUAUGCCAGGAAAGCUUACAAUCUCUGAUAUUAAGAAGGGUGGUAAAAACACAUCUCCGGUUGUGUUUCAGCUUUGGGGGAAGCAUUCAUUCUUCCUUGACAAGCCACAAGAUUUAAAUAUUUCUGUUUUUUCAUGUGAUCCUGAUUUUGAAGUGAAGGCAGAAGGAGAAAGGAAAGAAAUUAAACAAAAGCAGUUGCAAGCAGGUGAAUUAGUUAAUCAACAAUUUUUAUUUUCCUUAGUUGACUCCAGAGAAAUGCACUUGUUUGUUUUCCGUGUUCAGGUGGAGCCUCCCAUUGGUAGAGCACUUACGCAGUUCUUUAUCACUACACCUGAUCCAGCUCCUAGCCUAAAAAGGCUCUCAAAUCUGCCAGGUAAUUUGCAGGAAGAGAAGAAAAUCAGGUCUGCUCCAUUGUUACCAACUGCGUGUGUUAAAUAUCCCACAUUUCAGGACAAAAAAAUGAACUUCACCAACUAUGGGGUAACCUUGAAGACAGUGCUAAGACAAAAAAAGAUUGACUACUUACUUGAAUAUUUCAAAGGGGACACAGUAGCUCUUCUUGGAGAGGGUAAGGUAAAAGCUAUUGGGCAGUCCAAAGUGAAAGAAUGGUAUGUGGGAAUCUUGAGAGGUAAGGUUGGACUUAUACAUUGCAAAAAUAUCAAGGUGAUUGCCAAGGAACAAGUAAUAUCUAUGUCAGAUAAUGUCUUCACAACCAGAAAUCUUCUUGAACAAAUUACCCUACCCUUUAAAAAACUGACGUACAUCUACUCAGUUGUAUUGACCUUGGUGUCAGAAAAAGUUUACGAUUGGAAAGCUUUAGCCGAUGUCUUGGGUUACUCACAUCUGGCACUAGAAGAUUUUGAUCAAAUACAAGCAGACAAAGAAUCGGAAAAGGUUUCCUAUGUUGUAAAGAAGUUAAAGGAAGAUUGCCAUGCAGCUAGACACGCCAGGAAGUUUCUUUAUGAACUUAUUGUGGCUCUGCUGAAGAUGGAUUGCCAAGGGUUAGUAGCACAGCUCAUCCAAGAGGCUGCUAUUCUGACAUCAGCUGUCAAACUUGGAAAAGGCUGGAGGGAACUAGCUGAAAAGUUAGUGCGACUCACAAAGCAACAGAUGGAGGCAUAUGAAAUUCCUCAUCGAGGAAAAGCUGGAGGUAUUGCUGUUGAGAUGAUGUGGAAACCUGCUUAUGAUUUUCUCUACACUUGGGGUGCUCACUAUGGAAAUAGCUACAGAGACGUGUUACAAGACCUUCAAUCGGCUUUGGACAGAAUGAAAAACCCUGUGACCAAGCAGUGGCGAGACUUAACUGGAGCUUUAAUACUGAUACAUUCCUUAGAGUUUUUGAGAGCAACUGCAUUCUCUACUUCUGAGGAAGUAUAGGGUAUGUUUUGGGGAAGAGGGAGAAUGGUAGGAGGGAAAUGGAGUGCGUGUGUGUGUAUGUGUGUGUGCAUGUGGUGUGUGCACACACGCGUACAUAAAGAAUCUCAGAAAAGUAUUACUUUUUUUUCAUUUGUCAAAAAAUAUUUUUUCCUGGUGAAAGCAGAGCUUAACACAAAAUCCAAGUAUACAUUUUAUAAUUAAACACGUAAUUUUAUAUGUUUCAAAUGCAAACAUUAAGCCAUUUUAUUGUUGAGAAAGGACAAUAAAACCCUUGCCCCUUUCAAA